GCAUCACCAAGUCAAAUUCCGUCAGUAUACCUACUAGUCGUCAGUCUUAGAUCCUCCUCGUGGCCAUCAGGCCGAGAACUCAACCAAUACCCAGUGCCUAUCUAGGUAGGCGUCUCCAUUGAAGACGGCUCGAGAAGGGCCGUACGGUUCUCGGCGACUUGAUUGCCUUGGUGUAUCAUCAUAAGUAUUUCGUCCGAUUUCACGUCUCCUUAAACUUUAGAGUCUAUGGGAGGAUAGGAGACCCUAUAUCAACUGAAAAGGGGGGCGAGCAUUAUGCGGCAGAUGAUCUGAAGUCCUCUACCUUGCAAUGUCCAUUCAGCCAUUGCCGGACGAUGUUGUUGCCCAAAUCAAAUCGUCAACCGCAAUCACGACUCUCAAUGGUGCUGUGUGCGGUCUAGUAAGGAACUCCCUUGAUGCUGGCGCCUCCAAAGUGAAUAUAUCCAUAGACUACGUGCGGGGGAACUGUUGUGUGGAGGAUGAUGGACUGGGAAUACCACCUGCCGAGUUCCACCCUAGGGGUGGCUUGGGCAAGCUUCAUUUCACCUCCAAGUACCCCACGCGUAAAGAUAUACAUGGGAAGUAUGGCAUAUUCCUAGCAUCGCUGGCGUCUCUAUCAUUGCUCUCCGUCAUGUCUCACCAUCACCAGUAUUAUACUCAUAACUCGAUUCAAAUCCACAACUCAGAAGUCCUGGCACGGCACAUACCUUCCCCUCCUGACCAAAGAUUGCUCAACUUCACUCAUGGCACGAGAGUGACUGUGCGAGAUCUCUUUGGUUCAAUGCCCGUCAGGGUAAAACAGAGGGGCAUCGAUGCAGAAAGAGGUCUUCAUAAUAAACACUGGGAGUCCCUUAAGCGGGAAAUUGUUGCAUUAUUACUCGCCUGGAAUCCUAGUGUGUCAGUGUCAGCGCGCGAGCUUGCCGGGCGCAGAUCAUUCUCAAUUCAUAACAACCAGACUCGCGACGGGGAAUCUAGCCUUGAUCUUAGAGCGAAGGUAUCUAAGAUCUUAUACCGCGCCCAGCUCUCCGACGAAAUCGAACUAGACACCUGGAUCCCACUACAGGCAUCUGCUGGAAAGCUUUCAAUUGCUGGUACAGUAUCGUUAUAUCCCACUGCGACAAAACAUGUUCAAUUCAUCAGCAUAGGGAUUCACCCAGUUUCCAAUGAGCAUGGCUCAAAUGUUCUAUAUGAAGAAAUCAAUCGGGUCUUCUCUAAUUCGAGUUAUGGCGUAGAAGAAGCGACGAAAAACCUCACAAGCGAUGAGUACAAAAUCAAAGCCCAAGAAGGUCGUAACACAAAGGAUGGGUUCAGCAACCAGGACCUCAAGGGUCGAAAAGGAGUAGACCGCUGGCCAAUGUUCUAUAUUGCGAUUAACAUUGACGGAAGCCAGAAACCUGUCGCAUUGCAGGACGUAGACGAACUACUUGAUGAGCGUCACGGGAACCUGGCUGCCAUAGUAGACAUACUAAAGGUAGUCGCCUAUGAGUUCUUGAAAAAACAUCGGUUUCGCCCAAAACAAAUAAAGUCUGCAAAGCAUAAUAUUCCUGGAAAAACUUCAAGAGCGAACUCAUCCACAAGAAGUCCAUCUAGAAAUCUCAUGUCUAGACCAUCAUCAGCAGCUGGAGCUCGGAAGAACGAGCUCGUUGGAGACCUGGCCACGACGCAACUUAGCAUUCGUUGCGAAAGAAGUUCUCGUUUGCGGCCAGAAUCUCCAUUCGAUCUCUGGUCUCGCGUCAAAUCCGGCUCGUUGCAACAAUCGCUAGGCGAUCAGAAGGUUCAUGGACAGCUCAUAGACCGUGCACACGUGGCGUCUAGCACUUCUGAAGUAAUGACCGCAGAUCUUGGGGAAAGCAGCUCUGAUCCUGCGACUUCUUUGUUUGGCCCUGAUGGAAGUUUGCUACGGGCGCCUUUUGAUACGACAGAACUCGAGGUCCGCUGCAGAGCUCAAGGGUACCAAUCAUCAGGAACAGAAAACAAGUCAUCAGAUGAGAAUAUCGAAUGGACCAACCCAGUCACUAAAGAAACGUUAGUUAUCGACCCAACAACCGGCUUUGUGAUACAACCGCAGACGAAGAGUGCCCAGGAAGAACGAGACCAAACGGAUCCAACCUUUCGCAAGCGUCCUCGGCCUGAUGGCACAUCGGAUUCCGAUAGAAACCGGAGCAUGUGGCUAGGAGAGCUACUGUCAUCUUGGGAAAACCCCAUUUUCAAGACCACAGAACCACGCAUCCCUAGCGCGAUUGAUGAGGCAAACAAUCCACGCAAGUCAUUGGAAUCUUUCGGCUGCUGUACUUGGAUCCAAGGCUCUCCAGGAGUUGGGCCACCCGUUCAGAGUCGAGUUUCAAAAGCAGCACUACGUGAUGCUGAGAUAGUUGCCCAAGUUGACCGGAAAUUUAUCCUUGCUAAGGUUGCAGUUAAUGCAGGCGCAAACGAAUCCACAAUACUACAUUCAACAGAGUCACUCUUGAUUAUCAUUGACCAACAUGCUGCUGAUGAAAGAUGCCGAGUUGAGUCGUUGAUGAGUAACUAUUUUUUGCCUAUACACGAACAUGAUGUGGUAGUUCCUGGGGCUGCAUCGAUGCCGAGAAGGUCUACAGCCUGUACGGAAUUGUUGGAGCGGCCAAUAAAAUUCGAUAUAUCCGUUAGAGAUGCGAUCCAGCUUGAGAGUAUGGUGUCGCAUUUUACUCACUGGGGUAUCCAUUACUAUGUUAUGUUGGCUCCGCCAACUGGAAAUACCAAUCAAAGACAACUGGAAGUGACACGAUUACCAUUAAGUAUUGCUGAACGAUGCCGACUUGAGCCACGUCUCCUAAUCGAGCUUCUCCGGAAGGAAGCUUGGAAACUAGAUAGCCCCGCCCAUCAUAGCAUGGCUACGAGGAACUCCAGUUCUCAGGAAAACGAGGCUGAAACUCUAAACUGGAUCACUCAACUCCACGGUUGCCCUCAGGGGGUCUUGGAUAUGAUUAACUCUCGGGCCUGUCGUAGCUCUAUCAUGUUCAAUGACGCCCUCUCCCUAGAAGAAUGCACGGAUCUUGUGAGGCGCCUUGCAGAUUGCGCUUUUCCUUUUCAAUGUGCCCAUGGUCGACCGUCAAUGGUACCACUAGUAGAUAUAGGUAACGACGCGGCUUACACUCACGAAACAACAUCAUCCAAUUGCUUUGGAAAGGCGUUCAAGGGAUGGAAGGAAAAGGGGUAGAAAAACUAGUAAGAGGGAUUAACACUUUUAUAGAUAUUUGCAUAGUUCAUAUUAGAAGUGAGAUACCCAGGGCAAACUCUACGAAUUUAAUUUAAUCUUGUGCCAACUUAUUCUCUCA